UGAAGUGUGUGGGGACACAGAAACCCAAACUUCAUCACUAAAAUAUUUUCCUCCUAUAUAUCUGUCCCUGCAAGAAGCCAUUAUUGCCUAUAUAUAUAGGGAGUAAUACUCCUCCAAGAUUGAUUCAUAGAGAAGAAAACAAUGGGGGAUGCGUAUGGUAAUGGCGGAGGGCGGCUGCUCAGGGUGUCGAUGUGCGGCGCCGGCGCUGAAGCACGUGAGAUUGAGCAGUUGUCUAGAGAAGGCAGCCAUUACAGCUUUUCAACUGGGAUUCUUCCUUCUCUUGGCGCGAGGAGUAACCGCAGAGUCAAGCUCCGUUCUUUCAUCGUUUCACCUUAUGAUCGCCGUUACAGAGUAUGGCAGAACUAUCUGGUUGUGCUAGUCAUUUACACUGCUUGGGUGUCUCCAUUUGAAUUUGGCUUCCUUGAUAAACCUGCUAGACCUCUCGCCAUCACAGACAAUGUUGUUAAUGGAUUUUUUGCCAUCGACAUCAUCCUUACAUUCUUUGUAGCUUACCUGGAUAAGACGACGUAUCUUCUUGUUGAUGACCGGAAGCAGAUUGCUUGGAAGUAUGCGAGUUCUUGGUUGGCAUUUGAUGUCAUAUCGACAAUCCCUUCUGAACUUGCUCGGAAGAUCUCCCCCAAACCUUUACAGACUUAUGGAUUGUUCAAUAUGCUCCGUCUUUGGCGUCUUAGAAGAGUUAGUGCCUUAUUUGCCCGAUUGGAGAAAGAUAGGCAUUUCAACUACUUUUGGGUUAGGUGUGUGAAGCUCAUUUGCGUAACUCUUUUUGCUGUUCAUUGUGCUGGUUGCUUCAAUUAUCUACUUGCUGCUCAUUAUCCAGAUCCAGAUAAGACAUGGAUUGGAGCAGCUAUAACUAAUUUCAAGGAGAAGAGCCUAUGGAUUCGAUAUGUUACUUCAAUGUACUGGUCCAUCACUACUCUCACAACCGUUGGCUAUGGAGAUUUACAUGCUGAAAAUACAAGGGAGAUGAUAUUUGACAUUUUCUACAUGCUCUUUAACUUGGGGCUGACAGCAUAUCUGAUAGGAAAUAUGACAAACUUGGUUGUCCACGGGACUAGUAAGACCCGGCAAUUUAGAGAUACCAUACAAGCUGCUUCAAGUUUUGCCCAGAGGAAUCAAUUGCCUGCUCGCCUUCAAGACCAGAUGCUUUCACAUUUGUGCUUGAAGUUUCGAACUAACUCAGAGGGGCUGCAACAGCAAGAGACUCUUGAUUCACUUCCAAAAGCUAUACGAUCAAGUAUUUCCCAUUUCCUUUUCUACUCUCUAGUAGAUAAGGUAUACUUGUUUCGCGGAGUGUCAAAUGAUUUACUCUUCCAGCUGGUCUCUGAGAUGAAGGCUGAGUACUUCCCUCCCAAAGAGGACGUUAUCUUACAGAAUGAAGCACCAACAGACUUUUAUAUUCUUGUUUCGGGAACAGUGGAUUUGUUGGUACUGAAAAAUGGAGUUGAACAGGUUGUUGGAGAAGCCAAAACGGGUGAGCUUUGUGGCGAGAUUGGUGUACUUUGUUAUAGACCUCAACUCUUCACAGUGCGAACGAAAAGAUUAAGCCAACUAUUACGACUGAAUCGUACCACAUUUUUUAACAUUGUUCAGGCCAAUGUUGGAGAUGGAACAAUAAUCAUGAAUAAUCUUCUGCAGCAUUUGAAAGAAUUAAAGGACCCAAUAAUGGAGGGAGUUCUGUUGGAGACGGAGAACAUGCUUGCUCGGGGAAGAAUGGACCUACCUCUAUCUCUAUGCUUUGCAGCACUUAGAGGAGACGACUUGCUAUUGCAUCAUUUGUUGAAGAGGGGUUUGGACCCAAAUGAAUCUGAUAAUAACGGAAGAACAGCUCUGCAUAUAGCAGCAUCAAAAGGAAGCGCUAAUUGCGUGCUCCUAUUGCUGGAUUUUGGGGCCGAUGCCAACAGCAGAGAUUCCGAAGGAAGUGUACCACUUUGGGAGGCCAUGUUGGGCAGGCAUGAAGCAGUUGUUAAGCUAUUGUCUGACAAUGGUGCUAAAUUAACUACCGGUGAUGUUGGUCUAUUUUCUUGCACAGCUGCCGAACAAAAUAAUUUGGAAUUGCUCAAGGAAAUCGUUAGUUUUGGGGGGGACGUCACCAAACCAAAAAACAAUUGUUGCACUGCUCUCCAUGUUGCUGUUUGUGAAGGCAACAUCGAAAUAGUCAAAUUUCUCUUGGACCAAGGUGCUAAUAUCGAGUUAGGAGAUGAAAAUGGUUGGACGGCAAGGGACCUAGCCGAGCAGCAAGGGCACGAGGACAUCAAGGAACUUUUUGAUUCUUACAGAGUGAGUGAGGCUGAAUCUGCUGUCAUGAUCCCUGAGGAGCGCCAUGGUGUUCGUUUCUUGGGAAGAUUUAAAAGCGAGCCAAAUAUCUUGCCUGUUAACCAGGACGUCUCAUUUUCAGCACCCGAUGGCUUGUGGGAAAGAUCUCGUCCCAGACGUAGGACUAAUAAUUUCUAUAAUUCUCUAUUUGGGAUUAUGUCAGCAGCACAAACUGGAGAGGGCAGCUCACUUUUGUCAGUAGAUAAUGCUACCAGUGCAGCAGCCGCUAGUAGAAUUUAUGCUGCUAGAGUUACUGUGAGCUGCCCUCAGAAAGGAGAUCAUGCAGGAAAGCUUGUACUACUUCCACAUACCUUCCAAGAAUUACUUGAAAUUGGAGCGAACAAGUACGGGAUCUUCCCUGCUAAAGUUUUGAGCAAAGACGGUGCUGAUAUUGACGAUAUACAACUGAUCAGAGAUGGUGAUCGUUUAGUAUUUGUGGGCGAGAAUGAAAACUAUGAAACUAACUGAUGGUUGUUUAAAGUGACUGCAAAGUUGUCACUUGUUCCCUUCCACAAACAUUUCUUUUGGCCGGCAAUGUAUAUGGAAUUCCAAGUUUUUUUAGCAUAUGAUGUUUCAUUAUUCUCUGUACCUGAAGGCAACCAUUUUAU